AUGCCCUACGUGGCACCGCUGCCUCCCGUCAGCCGCUCGAAGAAUAGGUUCUCCUUGGCACAAUUCGAAUUGCCUCCCCUCCAAGACCCCAGAGAUGCAUGGGAGCUAGCUUUUCCGAGUAGUACACCUUAUGGCGAUAAACCUUUUGACGAAGGCGUUGUAUUCCCCGAAGGAGGGCGACGAGCGUGGCUCGUAGUCUUUGGGUCAUGGUGUGCGCUUUUCUCCUCGUUGGGACUGAUGAACACCAUGGGGGCAUUUCAAGGAUAUAUAUCGACACAUCAACUAAAACAUCUUGAUGUUGCAGUGGUGGGAUGGAUAUUUUCCCUUUAUGCUUUCCUUACCUUCGGGGUUGGGCUCUUCGUUGGUCCACUUUUCGAUAAAUAUGGGCCAAAAUGGCUCGUGCUAUCUGGAAGUGUCCUGGUCGUUCUGAGCAUGGACCUGAUAGGAAACUGCAUUGAAUUCUGGCAAUUCAUGAUAUGUUUCUCCUUGCUUGGUGGAGUUGGCUCUGCCCUACUUUUCUCUCCGUCCAUUGCCAUCAUCGGGCACUACUUCAGUCGUCGCAGAGGUUACGCAACUGGCAUUGCUGCCACCGGUGGGGCAUUCGGCGGCAUUCUCUAUCCUCUCAUCAUCCAACUCGUCACGCCUUCCACCAGCUUCCUCUGGUCGACGAAGCUGAUAGCCUUGAUCUCUCUUAUUCUCUGCGGUUUCGCGACCGUCUUUAUGCAACCACUCCAGGCACCAGGCCCAACCGCGAGCGCUUGGCCAAACCUGCUCAUUCUUCGUCGCCAGGCAUUUUCCCUGACAGUAUUAGGGGUCUUUCUGGUAGAAUUCGCGCUAUUUGUACCGCUGACGUAUAUAACUUCUUACUCCAGGUCAAUGGGCUUCUCAUCUUCGGUUUCCUCUGCGGUGCUGCCGGUAUUGAAUGUUGGAUCUGUGUUUGGACGUUGUCUUCCUGGGUAUUUCGCUGAUAGAUACGGACGGUAUAAUAUCGCCAUCUUAGCUAUAAUUCUCACGGCCCUCUCCGUGUUUGAUAUUUGGCUUCCAUUCGGACACACCCCGCCUGGUCUCGUGAUUUUUGCUUUGCUAUUUGGGCUCUCCAGUGGCUCGAGCAUUAGUCUCACGCCGGUAUGCGUCGGUCAACUCUGUCCGGUGGAACAGUAUGGGAGAUAUUAUAGCACUUGCUUCAGUAUUGUCUCUAUUGGCUGUCUAACCGGGGUACCUCUUGCAGGCAUGAUUCUGGAUGCGGAUGGGGGUAUUUACAGGGGAUUGAUUCUGUUUGUUGGUGGCUGUUACGCCGGGGGUUUGGUUGCGUUUACUUGGGCAAGACUAAUGGCCACCAAUUGGAGACUGAAGAGUAAAUACUAGAUUGGAAAAGGCGAGGAGGGAUUAUGAAUGUACCAAAGUUGGAGCAGCAGUUGGAGCAGCAGUUGCUGGGGUAGCAAAUAUAGGAUUUUUG